UGGCGCCUUUCACGAUCCGUAGAUUUUUUGCUAUGACGCAAUAAUUGUGCGUCGUCGCCUGUUGGACGUCAUUACAACGAUCCGUAUCCAUUUGUUGUGCUCCCUGAAUCAAGAAUGGAUAGGAAAUUUGAAGUUGAUAACCUCGAAACGCGUCUUGAGACGCUGGAAAGUCGUAUAUACGGUGAAAAAAGGAACAAGGGAGGGAAACCCGUGAAGUGCGCGGAUUCCCUCUCCAGAAUUCAGGCCGCCCUUACAAACACUGCAAAUAAGAGGGAACGAGUGAAGAUUCUACACAAAAAGAUUGAGGACCUGCUGAAGUAUCUGAACCCUCAGUUCACUGACCACAUCACUGUUCCUGAUGCCAUGAAGCUGGAAUUCAUCCUUGCUGAGGAAGACUUCCUCCUUUCCCAGGCCACGCUUCUGGAGCAGGUCAGCAACCUCCAGCCACUAUUGGACAGCAACUACAUCAGAGAUGUGCCAGAGCAUGCCACCAAGCUACAGCGUUUGUCUCAGAUUCACAUCAAAGAGCAGGACCAAACUGAGGCCCAGUCCCUAGAGGUGAAGAAGCUGUUUGAGGAGUAUAACAAAAUGAUGUUCCUGCUGUCCAAGCAGUUCACCCAGUGGGAUGAGAGCCUGCGGAAAGUGGAGGAGGCAAAGGGAAUCCGUCAAGUGGAGUAGCGAUUAUGUCCAGUGAUGACCGUUAUGACGUCACAGCAUGAUGUCAAGUGUCCGAAAUGCACAUUAAUGUAACUUGCUGGAUAUUAUUGUUAUUUAUUUACAGCUACAUCUAGAGACAUUUGCAUAGCAUAUAUAUAUCCUCUUUGUACAUUUAUUCAACAUAGAAUGUACCCAUGCAUUCCAACUCUGAAACACUGCUCCAGGCAGUCCUGCUUUCUUUCUAGGUCGCUUGACAGUAGAACAUAGAGAAUAAUUUGCACACUAACUUAAUUCUUCUUCCAGAAAGUAAAUGGUUUUAUAUCAGACAUGACUGCAAAUGUAAAGUAAUUGCAAUAAAAUCCAUACUGUUCAACCUGAA